AUGGCUCAGAAUGAGAUUAAUGGGGGUGAUAUAGAGAUUCAGUUAGAUUUUAAAAAGAUUAAAGGAAAUAAAAAGACUAUUGUCAGGGGUAUUCCAAGAGACAAAUUAUUGCCAAUACUUGGUAUGUUUAAGAAUGAUCUUGGUUGUAAUGGAAAUGUCUGUGAUGAUCCAAAAAGUGAUUCUGUUUUACAACUCACUGGUGAUCAACGUAAAACAAUUGACAACAGAUAUAACAGUUAUUUUAAACGAAUUGAUAAAAAUUAA